UUUUGAUUUUAGCACAACAGUAUGUUUCCCAAAUCAUUUUAUUAACGUAAUAAAAUUUGGCACAACACCAAAUUAGAAAAUGCUUUUAUUCUACAAUAAUUAAACGCUUUGCCAUAGAACCAGCAUAAUAUUUGAGUAUUCUUGGUUUUGAGAUAGCCAUACGAUCAAUAUAUAUUUUUUAAUAAUAUUGGGAAUUUUGUACCAAAUUUAUCAAAUGGCUCGAAAAGAUAUGGAUAUUUGUAACAGUGAUUUUGGGCCUGAGAAAAAUACGAAUUCAUCCGGAAAGAUGAUGAAUAAUUGUGCUGGCCGCUUUGUUGAUAAAUUGUUUCGUAAGAAGAGGAUUGAUUUCGGAAAUUUGUGCGAUACAAAGUUGUCAAGAUGCCUAAAUCUUUUUGAUCUCACUGCAUUAGGAAUAGGCAGCACUUUAGGUGCGGGUAUAUACGUGGUUGCUGGUCAAGUGGCCAAAACGGUAGCAGGGCCUGCUGUCAUAUUUUCCUUUCUCAUCGCGGCGAUAGCAUCUGUUUUCGCAGGUUUAUGCUAUGCCGAAUUCGGCUCAAGAGUACCCAAAACGGGUUCGGCUUACGUUUAUAGUUACGUAACUGUGGGAGAAAUAUGGGCUUUUAUUAUUGGUUGGACUCUUAUACUUGAAUAUAUGAUUGGCGCUGCAAGUGUAGCUAGAGCUUGGAGCGCUACUUUAGAUGGACUAGCCUACAAUAGAAUAUCAGAAGCAAUGAUCAAAUUAGUUCCUCUUAAUAUACCUCAAUUGUCAGAGUAUCCUGACUUUUUAGCUUUAGGGAUCACCAUUUUUUCUACCAUGAUAUUGAUUAUUGGUGUAAAGAGUUCCUCACGCUUUAAUAAUAUCUUUACUAUGCUCAAUAUUUUGGUAGUCUUGUUCGUUAUCGUCACUGGUGUCAUCAGAGGCAACAUUUCUUAUUGGAAGAUCGACACUAAGCUCUUAGACUCUCUGAAUACCACUGGAACUAUAGCAGAUAAUCAAAACCUGGGAGUUGGUGGUUUUUUUCCAUUUGGAUUCUCGGGUGUUUUAACUGGAGCCGCCACAUGCUUUUACGCUUUCAUAGGCUUCGACGCUAUCGCUACUACCGGUGAAGAAGUGAUUAAUCCUCAAAGAACCAUUCCCAUCAGCAUAAUUCUGUCGCUGCUUUGCUGUUUUCUGGCAUACGUUGGAAUAUCCGCCAGCUUAACGCUCAUGAUCCCUUAUUUUGAACUCGACUCGAACGCCCCCAUCCCUUUCGCAUUUGCCUACAUUGGGUGGAAUAAAGUCAAAAUUCUCGUUUCCAUUGGAUCCAUGUGUGGCCUAUCUACCAGUCUCAUGGGGUCUAUGUUUCCUUUACCUCGUGUUAUCUAUGCUAUGGCUAGUGAUGGUCUUAUAUUCAGAAGAUUUGCAAAAGUUAGUCCCAAGCUAAAAACACCUAUACUUGCCACCAUAUGUGCCGGUUCUUUUGCAGGAAUCAUGGCGAUGAUAUUUAAUUUAAAGGAACUUGUUGAUAUGAUGUCUCUUGGUACUCUUUUAGCCUACACAUUAGUCGCGGCUUGUGUCUUAUUACUUAGAUAUAGGCCUAAUGAAUCAUCAAUUGGUGUUUUAUCGACGCCAUCGCCACUUAUGCCUUUAGACGAGUUCAUUUUAUCUAAAGAGAAUUCAGAAAAAUUAGAUUUUAGUUCUUCACAAGACGAUAAUAUCGAUGAUUUACAAAGUGGUGCAGGUAGAACAUUAUGGAAACGGCUUUUUUUCCCUAGGGGAAGAGCCUCUAUCUCAUCUUCCAAAAUCGUUACAUUUUUCACAACGCUUGCAUGUCUAUCUAUUACAAUAUUUUGUAUCAUCAUGUCGAAAGCAGAGAAACACGUAUUUGAUUCGCAGCCCGUGGCUAUCAUCCCCUUAGCUAUUCUUGGAGUCAUCAUCCUCAUGUCCUUUUAUAUUAUUUUCAUGCAACCUCAAAACCAAAUGAAACUUAAUUUUAAAGUUCCUUUGGUCCCUUUACUGCCUUUCUUGAGCAUUUUCAUAAACCUUUACCUCAUGAUGAAACUGGGUGUCAACACUUGGAUUCGAUUUGCGGUGUGGAUGACUGCAGGCCUCCUCAUAUACUUUCUAUAUGGCAUUCGACACAGUUCGGAGCGGGACAUGACAUCCAUGUUAUUAUUUGACGACUCCAUUAAAAGGCGGGACUACCCCAGCUCUGACACGAAUAAUAAUGGUAAUAGCGGCAGUCGUAAAGAAAAGAUAAAAAUGUUAGCUCAUCUUAAGAGACUGAAUACCGAACAUGACAAUGACGGGGUCUACGAGCUCGAGACUGGCACUCUAGAUACGAUUAAAGUGCCACCCAAACAAGUCGGCAGAGUUGAAACACAGUUGACACUUGUUCCUUCUGAACUAGACAUUAAAAAUUUAUAAACUACCCACACUAUGUUUUUAUUCUGUCAUUAAUAACUUACUGUAUAUUUGUGUACAGGUAUGAUAUUUUGCUUAUAACAACAAUUUUUAAUCAAAAUACAAAAUUGUAUCUUUAUCAUGCAAAUUUAUCUGUUUUUUAAAUACUAUUUUGUGAAAGCUUCCAUUUAUAUUAUAAUUGUAUAAAUAAUCCGAUAACAAUUUAUAUUAUAUGUAUAUUUCUAACAUUUAAAAACUCAAUUAUGUAUAAAAAUCAGUCUCAGCGACAUUUAUUAAUUUCUUAUACUCAUACACAU